UAAAGCCCCUUUAAUUUAACUAUUUGCAAAUGUGGGAAUGCUACUUCCAAUUUUACAAAGAUUUUUCUCCAUGUCUUUCGAUGGCUGAAAGACUGGGACCUCCAGCUAUAAAUACAGCAUCAAUAUUGUUUCAGUCUCCACAUCUCUUGGCAAACAAGAUAAGAAAUACUUGCAGGCAUUCAUUCUUAAAGAUGGUUGGAAUGUGGUCCCUAUUUCGUGAGAUUGAUCAGACUAAAACAACAUGGGCAGUCAAGGCUAGGGCGAUAAGGGUGUAUCGUGAACCAGCACAUGACUGUUUCCCAGAAUCCUUGGAGGUUGUGUUUCAUGACGAAGAGGGGUAUAGGAUGCAUGCUCAUAUUCCGGACCAGUUCGUCAACAAGUUCAUUGGUAUCUUCAAGGAGGGACGUUUGUUUGCAGUGAAAAACUUCAUGGUGGAAGAGAACUACAUGUUCUUUAAAACCUCAACAAGUGCCUAUAGGCUUCGUUUUUUUAACAAGAGUGCUGCCUUUGAGAUCAAGGGGGUUCCAUUCCCCAUAAGAACUUACUCACUGGUGUCUUUUGCUUCAUUGCAAGCUCAAGACACCAUAGAUGAGAAAUAUGGAAUAGACAUAAUGGGUCAAGUAGUGCAUGAUAAAGACCCGAAAACGAUUCUGAAGAAUGAUAGGACCCGAAAAUUGAUGGAGAUGGUUUUGGGAGAUCCAGAAGGGAAUGUGAUUGCAUGUACUCUUUGGGGACCGAUGGUUGAGAUGCUCAUGACAUACAAGCAGACAACAUCGGAUCCGAUUGUGAUGCUGCUGCAGUGUUGCAGAGCAAAAAAAUACCAAGGUCAUGUUCAUGUGUCAAACAUGUUCAACACCACCAAGGUCAUUUUAAAUGGAAGUGAUGAUGAAUUUGUGGAGUUCAAGUCAAGGAUGGCUGAGAGGUCCAGUAGUGGACUUGAGUUUUCAAUAACAACUGACAACUCAGACGAUGGAGACUUGGCAACUGGCCAGCAAGAUUUGAUCACUAUUGAUGCCCUAUUAAAACUUGAGGAGGAAGGGAAACAUUGGGUUUACGGAGAGAUAGUGGCUAUCGACAACUACAAAGAUUGGUCCUACAUUUCAUGCAUUAGUUGUAACCGGAAGGUUUCCACUAACGGGGAGAGCUUUUGGUGUGCCUCUUGCAAUGCAAAUGACGCUGUUCUUCGGUUUGUCAUCUUACUCACAAUUUUUUUAAGACGCAUCCUAAGAAUCGCUAAAGACGAGAUCUUUAAUGAAAUCAGGUUUAAGGUGAAUGUGAGGGUAGUUGAUUCCACAACACAUGCCUCCUUCUUGCUGUGGGAUAGGGAGGUCUCAUGCUUACUGGGAAAGUCGGCUGCCUCCCUUAAGGAACAAAUAACUAGGAGGAACUUUGGACCACAUUACUUCCCCUCUGAGAUAACCUCUCUCAUUGAUAUAAAAGCUUUGUUUAAGGUGCAUGUUAAAAGAGAAGGCAGGGGUUUCAAAGGAAAUCAGACUUUCAACGUUAUAAAAAUGAACACCGAUCCCAAGGUGCUGGCACUUUACUCAUCACAGAUUAAUGCUGUGGAGGAGGAAGAUGAGUUCACUCGAUUGGCUAAAGAGUUUUCAGGUCCUGGAAGUGGGGUUCAGUCAUCACAGCAAUCUGUGUCCAGCAGCCCGCUGCUAACCAAGGAGAAAAGGAGUGAUUUGAAAGUGGACAAUGAGAAACUGAAACGUGACCUGUUUGGAGACUCUUCUACUUCAACAUCUGGAAAAAAGCUCAAGGGGGUGAAAAAGGAAUAAAGAUUAUGCUUCGCUCUGUGUUAUGUGUGACCAUUAUGUGUGACUAUGUUAUGUGUGGCUAUGUUUGAAGAUUAUGUAUGUACAAUAAAGGCAACUUUGGCCACCUAUUUUCUGCCCCUUCAGGGCCCUGUGUUGGCAAGUGUUGGCCUCUUUUAAAUGGUUUUAGUCUAAGGACUCGGGCAUAGGAAAUUUCUAAUCGUGUGUACUGCAGGCACAUCUAUAUGAUAUAUUGUAUUAAGAUAUAACGAAGGGCUGUUAUAUGUUGGACUUCUAUGGGAAAUACUUAUGGACUUAUGGUUCUAGCCUCCUAUGGGUGUUUGGAGGGUGAGAUUAAAAAUACUCAAUGAAAUUCAUUUAGUGUUGGGGCGGAUGAGGGAGUGAUUCCAGAAAUGAAUAUUACCACUGGACUCCAGUAAUAUACAUUUGAUUGGAAGACGUUAUUUUUAGUGAAUGUGUAAUUCACUGAAGUAUGAUGUUGUUUGGUAAAGUUGAGAAUUGUUGUGUAAUUCUCUCUUUAACUUUAACAACUGCCUGUGGGAAGGUAUAUUGACUUUACAUAAUGGCAAUUUUUUUUUAAACCUAUGUGAAGGAUCACACUAAUGAUUUUCUUGACAAAAAUUUGGAUAUUUUUUUAAUAGAACACCACAAAUGAACAAUAAUUUCAAUGUUAUUUUAUAGUUUGUAACACAAAGGGUGCAUAAUGAAAAUGGUUUUAAGAGAAUAUUUGUUAGUGUCUCUCUUAAAGAGAAAAACAACAUUUGUCACAUAAUAUACCAUAUAUCACCCCCCUGAUUGGCUGGCAUAACCAUGGCAGUUAGUUAUACCUAGGCAGUUAGUUAUAUCACCCCCCUGGGGGUGCCAAUGAUUGACACGCAAUAAAACUCCACUACAUACAAUUCGUUUUACUGCAGCAGUUCUUAUAAUGGCUAGCUUUUUUAAAAACCUAUGUGAGGAAUAAGAGUAUAAGACUAAGGAUUUUAUUGAAAAUUGUGAGUCAUUUUUUUGGUGUGUCAAGAAUACUUUCUUUAGGCACAAUUAACAGACAUGUGUACCCCCUAUUAGUCUUCUGGGGAUACAAUUUUAAGGGAGUGUUUGGAAAACUGUGUUUGUGGCGAGUGUGUAAUGCAGCACAUAUAAUGGCAAUGUGAUAUAACAAGAUUAAUUGGGUGGGUGUGAGUGGAGUGGCGUACCUGUUAUCUCUUUGGAUGUCGAUGUGUUUCCCUACAUCUACCCUACAUCUAUUUAUUAGAUUUACAGACCCAUGAUAGGAACAGAAACAAGAAAGAACAAAAAAAUAAAAACCCUUGACAGAAGGAUUCCUCCAAGCCGCAGCCUCAGGAUAGUUAGGCAGGUCCUUGCAAGUCCAGGUUUCCAUCAGCACCAGAAAUGAACAAUAAUUCCAAUUUUAUUUGUAAAAUUGCUACACAAUGGACAAGGAAUGAAAAUGAAUUGAAGUGAAAAUUAGUUAGUCAAAAUGUGAAAUGGAAGACAGUAUUGAUAACAUAAUAUAGCAUAUACCAACCCC